AUGCCGACUCCUGCUCGUCAGCGCGAUGUGCCCAACGCGACCUCACAUGCACCAUCGUUCCCUGUCCCUCCGGCAGUCGCGACUCCCGCGCAGCCCGCACCCGCCCAGCAAUCUCGAUGCUCACCAUCCCCCGCUGUUCCGACUGCAUUCUAUACCCCCGCUCAACCUGCACAUACACCCUCGCCGGCCUCGCAUCCAUCGCCUGAAAAUCCUGGAUUCGUUACUACCCCAGGGAAACCUAGAUACGAUACCGGGAUUUACACACCCAAUCACCCUAUCCUACAGCGUCGAGCACGACGGGGGCGGGAGUGUGGGGACAGUCGGGGCAACUCUCCGUGGCCGGUCAACGUGGAGCUGACGCCUGACACUGAACCGAUCUACCACGGAGAGGGACUGCAGGCCGGAGCAGAAACUUCCACGCCUGCACCGGUACCCGCAUCCAAUCUAAACUCGCCUCCUCUCCGGCAACAAAUCCGCUUUUGUAAUCGGGACACGUCUUACAAUUCAUUCUGCAACUUCGCGAGAUAUUCAGUCGCUUACAAUGGCGAAACCUACCCGACCGCCGAGCACCUAUUCCACGCGUCGAAGUUCUUGCCCGUCAAUGGCGACAUUGCCAGGCGCAUCCGCAACACGAAGGACGUUGGCGAAGUGGCUCGCCUGGCCGACCGCUUUCAGGCCCGUGUACCACAAGAAUGGUGGAAUAAUAUGGUAGAAACAAUGCAUGGCAUACUGCUGGAUAAGUUCCUGCAGCACGAGGACUUGCAGGCGGCGCUGCUGUCGACAGGCGAUGCAGAGCUCGUUUUUGAUUCCGUUGAAGAUGGAUUUUGGGGAGUGGAUAAGGAUGAGACGGGUAACAAUAUACUGGGGAGGACGCUGGAACGGGUGAGAGAAGAGCUGAGGAGGAUGCAAACCUAA